AUGAGUCCGGAGCAGAUAUGUAUGCUUAAGCAGUUUGUCGAGUUGUUGAAGAAGAAACCUGAACUCCUAAACACUCCUGAACUUUCAUUCUUUAAAAAUUGGCUUAUAAGCCUUGGAGCUAAUAUCCCUGUCUCACAACCUAACCAACACACUGAAAAUUCAUUUUCAGACGACUCUGGCGCAGAUGAAACGUCAGAAUCUGAAAUAGAGUUCGACGAUGAAGUGCUACCAAAAGAACCUGUCCCGGAUCUCGAGAUGGGUGACGACUCAGUGGAAGUAACGGAUGAGAUGAUGGAAAAAGCUGAAGAAAAGAAAUGUGAAGCCAUGGCAAAAAUGUCUGAUGGGGAUUUUGAUGCAGCUAUAGACCUAUUCACUGAAGCAAUCAAGCUAAACCCACAGUCCUCACUGUUUCAUGCUCGCCGUGCCAGCUGCUUUGUAAAAACAAAAAAACCUUCCCAUGCUAUCGUGGACUGCGAUAAAGCUAUUUCGUUAAACCCUGAUUCUGCUCAACCCUAUAAAUGGAGGGGGUUCGCAAAUAAGAUGAUUGGCAAUUGGGAGGCUGCCUAUCGGGAUCUACAAACAUCUUUAAAGUUAGACUACACGGAUGAUGCCAAUGAAGCGAUGAAAGAAGUUGAACCAAAGCACAAACGAAUCUUCGAACACAACAUGAAGUAUGAGCGCAAACGACAAGAAAAGCUAGAUCGAGAAAAACGUGAACGAAUUCGGAAAGCUCGAGAGGAGCGUGAACGAGCUCAAAAAAAUGCCGAAAAGCACGAUUUUGAAAUGCCAAACAGCGGUGACGUUCCUGGCAUGGACAAUAUGUUUUCGCAGCUUUUCAAUGAUCCAGAAUUGGUGAGUGCUAUCCAGGAUCCUGAAGUAAUGAAAGCAUUCAGUGAAGUUUGUUCAAACCCAGCUGCCAUGGAUAAAUACAAAAAUAACCCUAAAGUUAAGAAAGUUAUUGAAAAAAUGAAAAAUAGAUUUGGUAGUGGUGGUGCUGAUAUGACUGGUAAGUUAAUCAUACCGACAAAACACCUCAAUAGCGUUUGUUAACAAACUUAGACCUCAUUAUUACCUAAAGAGCUCACUUUAAGUUGGAUGUAUACAUUGAAGAAAUUGAGUUGAAGUGAUAAACUUCUAACCAGAUUUGUGAUCAAGUAGGAACAAAUCUGUUCGUCAACAAAGCUCGCAACAGAUAUUUCACGAACCCCACUCUCGGUAUACACAAUAAGAUUAACCGGUCGUUGCAGCCCACGCUAGUUCAAGGUAAGGAAUGCAUCAUAUCUAAUGACAUCAUAGUAAGAAACCCUGAACAAAAGGCAAAACGUUUAACGCGAUAACCUUAGUUUCAACAGAAAAGUAAAUAUAGAUCAUAAACUCUGUAGGUAUAGGGAGAUGAAACGUGAAAAAAAUCCUGGACAUAAUUACUGAUUCGACGUAAUAUUGUCCAUCAUCCUCAGCCAUAGUCUGCCGUCAUCUCUCAUACUAUAACCAUGAAGUUUAGACUCUAAACAAUGUAGUUAUCACUGACUCCAUAGGUAAGUGACAUUUUACGAAAGUAGUGAGUCACAGUAUGUUUUCACUGUCUAUGCACUUACUAACUACAUAAAAUGUGCCUAAAUUCCGCUUGUCUGUAAAAUGGUCACUUAUGUGAUGAGGUUGUUGGUAGUGCUCCCACCCAAUCCUAAUGUCUGACGAAGGCUCAGCUUGCGUCACUUAUGGCGUAGUCGAGAUAUCCAUCUGCUAACCAAAGGGUGCGCGCACUGUGCAGAAUUUCGCUCCGUCCUACUUUAUGGCUGUGAAACGGCCAGAAUAAAGGAUAUAGGCUAUUAUUAUUCCAUCAUAGGUAUCUUCACUGCAUUGCUCAUAUAUCCUGGGACAAUCGAUUAAGCAAUGCAAUUGUUAGGAAACGAGCGCUAGGUAAGAAUGGCAAGUCAGUUGAAGUGAUGAAUCUUCAUCAGUUGAGAUGGUGGGAACAUUUGUUACGUAUACCUGAUGAGUGACGUUUUGUGGUGUUGGUGUAGGUUGAAAGAAAGCUAGAGGCGGUCAUACCAAAACAUGGCGCAAAUGCAUGAAGCCACUGACAAGUGGACUGAGCCAUGUUUAUAGGUGUAGACUCCCUGGUUGGGUUCCGCGAGAUGAUGGUAAUCGAUGGUUAGAGACUUGAAGACAGCUCAAAAUCAUUUGUAAUGAUGCAGGUGAAUUCAUCAUUUUGUUUUCCCAAAUUCCAAUUUAAACUCCUCAUGACCUUCAUCUUCCUCGUCUCAAAUCCGUCUCACUGAAUUAUACUUCUUGAAUAAUAUCUUCGGACCGUGAUCCUUACGAUUACUGCUCAUGCUUCUACUACUGCUACCACCAUCGGAAUUGAAUCGACAGUUGCAUUUGUUUGCCACCGUGGUAUAGCAACUUUGACUGAUGUACGAAGUACUACGUUGUAACUGACUAGUGCUCUCACCUAUCGUCAGCUACCAGAAUUCCUGAUACUGCUGUUACAUGGUCACUGACAGGUAAGUGCCUUCGUAUUGCUUAAGCUUUGUUUACAAAACUGAAGGUACGAAAAGCAAAUUUUCAAAACGUGAACCUGCUUGGUUCGUUCAGGAGAUCUACCUAGGGUAGUUGGAAUACACUUAUUCUAAACCACUGGUACACGUAGAUUCCAGUUUUCUAAUGUAACGAAAGUUGAAGGAACCUAUUCACGAUCACUGGUUGCUCUAGCACUGUCUCGUGAUGUUGGUCCACUGCCUUGUGGAUGAGACCUUUAGAUCAAAGACAUGGCUGAUGACCCCCUGAGAAUUCUACCCGCUCCACUUCGAGCGGAGCGACUAAAUUAAACAAGAUUUUGCUUCAUAGCAUACAUUUCUCAUUCAUUUGAUGUGAUUAAAUUAUUAGGAGGUAUGCCUUUUGGAAUGGGA